AUGGAUCGAUCAGGAAACAACCAGCACGGCCAACAUCUCGCAGGCGCUGGACCAGCCCCUGAUGCCACUGCCACUCCAAUCGCUCAUCGCAUCGACCACGACGGCCCGGACUCUGCUUGGGACAACGUCAACCUCUUCCGGGACCUCUGCUGGGGCGAAUUAUUCGAUGGGUUGAUACAUCUAGAUGACAUUUGCGGUACUUUCAUCCUGGGGCUUAUUCCAAUCAUCACUCACGGAGAUCUGAAGGACAACAACAAUGCUCUGUGUGCAAGAAUUCCUGGAGCUGCGCCAAUCAAGGACAGUGGCGUCACGGAUCGGUGGGAGGAUGCUUUACGACAUGCUUGUCCAAAUAAUGUCGAGUACGAAGAGGAGCACAAGAGGAUCUGCAAGGCUCGUAGAGCGACUUACGAUAAGCCAAGGAGGCUGUAG